AUGUCACAAAGCUAUAGAUCUACGAGGUCAUCCGAUCCUGCUACCAAAACUUUUGAGGAAGCUAUUAUUCAAGGUUUAGCUUCGGAUGGUGGUUUGUUUAUCCCAUCCAUUAUUCCUCAAGUCUCUAAAUCAGAGUUGUUUGAUAAAUGGUCUAAGUUGUCCUUCCAGGAUUUAGCUUUUGAAAUCAUGAAACUUUAUGUUUCUUCAGAUGAAAUUCCAGAAGCCGACUUAAAGGAUUUGAUUACUAGAUCUUACUCUACUUUCCGUUCUCAUGAUGUUACCCCGUUAGCCAAGAAUGUCACUGGCUCUAAUGAAAAUCUUCAUGUCCUAGAGCUUUUCCAUGGACCAACUUACGCAUUUAAAGAUGUUGCUUUACAAUUUGUGGGUAACCUGUUUGAAUAUUUCUUGCAAAGACAUAACGAUGGAUUACCAGCCGACCAAAGAAAGAAAAUUACAGUGGUCGGUGCAACUUCUGGUGACACUGGUUCUGCUGCCAUUUAUGGUCUAAGAGGUAAGAAGGAUGUUGCUGUUUUCAUUCUUUACCCAACAGGUAGAAUCUCCCCAAUUCAAGAAGAACAAAUGACCACCGUUCCUGACAAAAACGUGCAAACCUUAUCCGUUAAAGGCACUUUCGAUAACUGUCAAGACAUUGUCAAGGCUAUCUUUGGUGACAAGGAAUUCAACUCUAAACACAAUGUUGGAGCUGUGAACUCGAUUAAUUGGGCUAGAAUUUUGGCUCAAAUCACAUAUUACUUCUAUUCCUAUUUCAAAGCUACUACCGGUAAAGAAGAAAAAGUGAAGUUUGUUGUUCCAUCAGGAAAUUUCGGUGAUAUUCUAGCUGGUUACUAUGCUAAGAAGAUGGGUUUACCUGUUGAGAAGCUAGUUAUUGCCACUAAUGAAAAUGACAUUUUGGACAGAUUUUUGAAGAAUGGUGUGUAUGAAAGAUCGGACGAUGUCGCUGCUACACUAUCUCCAGCCAUGGAUAUCUUAAUUUCUUCUAACUUUGAAAGACUACUUUGGUACUUGGCUCGUGAAUAUGUGGCCUCUGGAGACGAUUUGAAAGCAGGUGAAACUGUUAACAACUGGUUCCAAGAAUUGAAAUCCAAGGGUAAGUUCGAUGUUCCCGCUUCCUUGAUUGAUGGCGCCAAGAAAGAUUUCGAUUCCGAACGAGUCAGCAAUGAAGAAACUACAGCUACCAUAAAGCAAGUUUACGAGCAAUCGGUCAAUCCAAAGCAUUACAUCAUAGAUCCACAUACCGCCGUCGGUAUUUGCGCCACCAAAACGCAAAUCACAAAGGAUAAUGAUAACACUAUCAAUUAUAUCUCUUUAUCCACUGCACACCCAGCUAAGUUUGCCGAUGCUGUUAACGAGGCUCUUUCCAGCUUUGAUGGUUACAGUUUUGAAAAGGAUGUUUUACCAGAAGAACUCAAGAAGCUAUCUACAUUGGGGAAAAAGCUAAAAUUGGUGGAAAAGGCGGAUAUUGAACUGGUCAAACAAACCAUCGAAGAAGAGUUAGUGAAGAUGGAAGUUUAA